CAUCUAUCAUCGUGGUAGUACCAUACGACUUGUAGGUGCUGAAAAGUUUCGCUAUAAAUAGGCGGGCAUUUUGGUUCAAGGACGGCCACAAAGCAAGCAAGCAGCUAGCAUUCCUUGCAAAGACUAGAACAGAAAGAGAUCUCCAAGCACGCGACGAUAUGUCAACGCCGGCGAUGAAGAUCGGCCCGUAUGGCGGCCAAGGAGGUAAUCACUGGGACAUUAAUGCUCUCAAUCCGCCCAAAAGGCUUGUGAGCAUCCAGAUUUGGAGCACUGAUUCCUCCUGCGAAGGGGCCGGCGGGGUCAUCAACGGCAUCUCGUUCAGCUAUCUUGACAUGGCAGGGCAACUAAUCCCCUCGGGUCCAUGGGGCUCCCAGACCGGUAAACCCCACGUGAUUAACAUUGGUGAAGACGAGCGCCUGAUCACUGUCUACGGCACCAGCGAUGGCAAGUUUGUCACCUCGCUUAAAUUUGUCACUGACCGGGCUUCUGAUCCGUAUGGGCCAUACGGGGCACCGUCUACCAUAAGUACUUUCAGCUUCCAGGGCGGCUCCAUCCUCGCCUUCUUGGGCCGCUCCUCAGAGAAACUCAAUGCCAUCGGCGCCUACAAACUUGGGGUUUGAUCCAUCUAUCCAUCAUGGCUAGCAUACGUGUCUGCUGACUUCCGUAUGUUUGGCUUCGGUGGAUACAUGUGUUCGACCUAUAUCUACUGCUUGUAUUUGCAGCUAAAUAAAAUGGGGAUCCCUCGCUGCUGCAUCCUAUGGAUGGAUGGAUCCCUGCCGUCCGUGCGUGUGUGCGCGUGCUCGCUCUUUGUUUCCAUAUAUAUUGUAUCGUCCUAGCCUGUGUAACUAUAAGAUGAAUAAAAGUCUCAGAAACUAAGUACUCCCUCCAUAAAGAAAUAUAAGAGUAGUGAUCUAGACGCUCUUAUAUUUCUUCGCGGAGGGAGGUAUUUUCCUGAGAAUUUAUACUUCUUA